CGCCCCCGGCCCGGCCAGCGGCCCGCACGGACGCACUCCCGGGCGGGCGGGCGAGCCCAGGGGGACCCGGCCCUGCCGCGGCGCCCGCCCCGCCCCCGCCCCGGCCCCCGCGCGGCCCGGCCCAGGCCGCCCGCAGGCUCCGGGCACCUGUAGCCCCCGAGGACCCGCGUCGCCUGGCCGCCGCCGACCCCAGGCGGGGCCACCCCGUGGUGCCGACCCCGGGCGCCGGCCUGGAUCCCGCUGCCCGCGAUGGUCCCGGGGGGCCGGCCCUGAGCCCCGCGCGGGAUUCGAGGCGCUGCCUCCCGCCCCGGCCCCCGCCGGAGAGUCUCCACCAACUUCUGCUCGGCCGCUCCUCUCGGCCCCUUCCCUUGGCCCAGGGCGACCUCGGCAGCCCAGACGGCGUGGACCCUCCGGAGUGCCCAGAAAGCCCCCGGGGUGGCCCUGCGCCUCCUGGCUCUUUCUGGAUGGAGGCGCCUCCGGAAGGAGCCGGCUGCACGCCGUGGCCUUCACCUCGCAGCCUCUGCUGACCACACCUCCCUAGCGCAGAGGCUGCCCGGGAGCAGGAAAUGCUCCACCAGCACAGCCGACUCCCGGGAAUUGGGGUCUGACCGCCAGGAUGGAAGUGGGGCCAGCCACCGAGACCUUCGUGCUGGAACUUCGAUGUCUUGAGGAUGGGGGCCCAGGGCCUGACACCCUCUCAGGUGGCAGCGGUGGGAGCGAGAGUCAGGAGGAGGAAGAGCCUCAGGAGGGGAACAGCAGUCCACAGCGGCCAGCAGUCUCGGCCCCAGUGGGGGCCAGUGAAAUCGCUGAGGAAACCCGGCCGGGACAAUGGGAGUUGCAACUGCAGCAGUUAGAACAGCAGCCCGAGCCGCAGCAACAGCCGCAACACGAGCAGCUGCAACAGCCGCAGCCACACCUAGAACUGCAACAGCAGCCGCAGCAAGAUGGGCAACAACAGCUAUCUCAACUACAACAGGAAAAACACCAAUCCGUGCACCAUCAGGAACUGAAACCAGAACUGCAGCUAAUGCACCGGCAGCAACAGUUACAGCCACAGCAAGUGCAAGAGCAACAGCGGUUGCAGCAGCAGCAGGAGCAGUUACAGACGCAGCAAGCACAAGAGCAACAGGUGUUGCAGCAGCAGGAACAGCUACAGCAGCAAGUGCAAGAGCAACAGCUGUUACAGCAACAGCAGGAACAGUUACAGCAGCAGCAGCUGCUACAACAGCAGGAACAGUUACAGCAGCAACAGUUUCAACAGCAGCAGGAACAGUUACAGCAGCAGCAGCAGCUACUAUUGCUGCAGCAGCAGGGACAGUUACAGCAGCAACUGUUGCAGCAGCAGCAGGCACAGUUACAACAGCAGCUGCUGGAACAGCAGCAGGCACAGUUACAGCAGCAGCUACUGCUGCAGCAGCAGGAACAGUUACAGCAGCAGCAGCAACAGCAGCUGUUGCAACAGCAGCAGGAACAAUUGCAGCAGCAACAACUGCAGCCUCCUCCCCUGGAGCCCGAGGAGGAGGAAGAGGUGGAGCUGGAGCUCAUGCCGGUGGAGCUGGGGUCAGAGCAGGAGCUGGAGCGGCAGCAGGAGCUGGAGCGGCAGCGGCAGGAGCUGGAGCGGCAGCAGGAGCUGGAACGGCAGCAGGAGCAGCGGCAGCUGCAGCUCAAACUGCAGGAGGAGCUGCAGCAGCUGGAGCAACAGCUGGAGCAGCAGCAGCAGCAGCUGGAGCAGCAGGAGGUGCAGCUGGAGCUGACCCCGGUGGAGCUAGGCGCCCAGCAGCAGGAGGUGCAGCUGGAGCUGACCCCCGUGCAGCCGGAGCUGCAGCUGGAACUGGUGCCAGCCGCAGGGGGCGGCGGAGCGGCGGUCCCGGGGGCUCCGGCCGCGGUCGUGGUGGCUCCCCCGGGCUACGUGGUGGUGCAGGAGCUCAUGGUGCUGCCCGCCGUGGCAGCGCCGGCCGUGGUGGCCAUCCCGGGCCCGGCAGGCAGCGCGGCGUUGACCCCUGCACGGCAGCGGCGGCGACGGCGCGCUCGGGACCGGCCGACCAUCUGCGGGGAGUGCGGCAAGGGCUUCAGCCGCAGCACGGACCUGGUGCGCCACCAGGCCACGCACACGGGUGAGCGGCCACACCGCUGCGGCGAGUGCGGCAAGGGCUUCUCGCAGCACUCGAAUCUGGUGACGCACCAACGCAUCCACACGGGCGAGAAACCCUACGCCUGCUCCUACUGCGCCAAGCGCUUCAGCGAGAGCUCGGCGCUCGUGCAGCACCAGCGCACGCACACCGGGGAGCGACCCUACGCCUGCGGGGACUGUGGCAAGCGCUUCAGCGUCUCCUCCAACCUGCUGCGCCACCGGCGCACGCACUCGGGCGAGCGGCCCUACGUGUGCGAGGACUGUGGCGAGCGCUUCCGACACAAGGUGCAGAUCCGCCGCCACGAGCGCCAGCUGCACGGCGCGGGCCGCUCCAGGGGCCUCGGCCUGCUGCGCGCCUCGCGGCCGGCGGCCCUCGGUGGCCCAGCCCGCGCGGAGCAGGCCGCUACAGCCACUGCGCCCGCAGACAAGGCGCUGUGAGGGCCGUGAUCGGGGCUGCCUGGCCGGGAGGGGACCCCCCACCCGCCUCCACCUGAAAAGCUCCUUGACCCGGGUUCAUGGGCGCUGGAGGCGUCCUGGAAUAUCCCUGGAGUAAAAGGCUUCCACCAUCAUCAUCAUCAUCAUCUCCCGGAUUCCCUGAGAAAAUACCAGGUUCACAGAUUCACCGCCAGAAAAAUCCAUCCGCCAAAAGAAAAGUGGGCUGCGGCUGAAACAGCACAUGGGACACGUUUGUCUGCCCUUUGAGGGGUCUGCCAAAAGUUUUCCCUCCGGGAAAACUGGACUUACUACGAACGAGGAAAAACUCCCAGUGGCGAGACGAUUAAUGACACUGGCCGAGGACUGGACACCCACCAGGGAAUCAAGACGUGGUGAGACACACAUGGAAAAUCUUCGAUCCUGGUGAAAAUGAUCGCAAGGAGAAAUUCGGGGAGGAAGCAAACUUGUUUGCACUAUGUAGAAACUGACCAAGGCAUCGAAUCGUCCUCAGAGGCAUUUGCCUUGAAAAUACUUUCCAAGAUGAAAAUUCAUCAGGGUGGGUAUAAUUCUGAUGAAAACACCUGUGUUCAUCAACACAGGGUCAGAGCGCUCACCGGGUCAAUGUGCAAAUCCAAGCCAGGAAGUCCUGCUCCGGGUGGAAGGUAAAACCUUCCCUCCAGGGAACCAGGGGCUCCGGCGGGCAUCGGAGGCAGCUUCUUGGCCUCUGCUGCCGUGUCCCCCAGUCCCCCCAGCCCGCAUUAAUGUCCUCUGGAAUAAGAGCCUGUGGCUGAAGCAGAGGGCCUUCUGGGAGAGCUCUCCAAGGUCUGGAAGGAGGGUGCCCCAGAAGGAGCUCCGGGGUAGCCCCACUGUGGCCCCCCUGGACUCCACCAGCUUCAUGCUUCUCAGAUGCUACCCAGGGGCCGGCCCGGGGAGACCAGGGCAGAUUUCUCCUGCACCAGGCUAUGGAGGUUUGGAGGGCUGCCUGAGCAGACCCUGUGCCAUAGCUGGGGCUGGGGAAAGAAUAUCUGAGACAAGGUUUGGGAGCAAUGCUCUUUACCACGUUUACCAAAUCGUCUGGGGCAGGGGUUGUGAGCUGCAGCAGUUGCUGGUGCCUUGUGGGAAGGUGGGGCAGGGAGGAGGCUGCCCGCCACCUCUGCCCCCAGUGACUUCCUGCUUGACCUGACUCUUCACAUGUGGCUGCUUAAUUCCUGCCCCUCUCCCCCCAGCUGCUUCUCCUUUACUAACACACCUGCUACAUUUUACACAUGUGUUGGUAAGUGAGAAACAGAAACGAAAAAUAAAUUAAAAUGCAGAAAUACAA